UCAGUCUUCAUUCGGGCCCAAACGCGUUCGCUUGGCCAGCGGCUCGUAUCCGUCGCUUUCUUCGCCUAUCGGUGUGUGCGUGCGCCUGCCUACGUGUGUGCCUGUGCAUGCGAGUGUGUGUGUUAACAAAAUGUGAUUAGCAAAAAUACAAAGAAAUCAGGCAUAGUGGAACAAGGCAUUGUGGCUGAAACAACAGUCGGCGGCAGUAACAGUCGACACUAAAAAACAACAAAAUAUACACAUAUACAUAUAUUAAUAAUAGUACAUACGAAACAUAUCUUUUGAGAUAUACACGAAAUGCGAAAAUUUGCAUAAAAAGCAAUGCGCUGGCGCGGCAACAAAGCGCGGCCGUAAAAAAAUAAGUAACGCCAACGACAAUUCUGAAUUUUGUGCUUUAUCGGCAGCAGCAGCAACAAUUAAAUUAAUAUUGAACUACACCCAAAGUUAACAAAAGUAGCAGCCAUAAAAAAAAUACAACACCACAGCCGCAACAACAAUAGCGGCAGCAGCAACAACCACAAACGUUGUCUACCUUUUUUACCUUUUCAAGUCUGUUGAUUUUUUUUUUUUGGAUUUUGUGUUGCUGCUGCAAGAGCGAUGUAUUGAGAGAGCGGCUUAGCUCCGAAUCGGAAACCGACUCCGAAUUCGAGGCCCACACUUCGAAGUGAUACGGACUGGUCAUCUGUCUGCCAGCAGCCGCAGAUGCAAUUCGCGCCCACGGAUUUGGCCAGCCAGCAAAUUCCCGGCUGAUCCGCUAAGUCGCGUCUAAUCCCUUGCCGGAAUUUUGCUCAUCUAAUCAAAAGACCUGCAUUCCACGAAGGUCCAAAGAACUCGACGGCAAGUUGGCCAAGAAUUUACCGGUGCUAUCAGCGGAACCAACAAGCGGCCAACUGCAAGUGGGCAAACACAAAUAGCGUUUGCGGGAAACCCCACGGAAAACAGAGCCGCCGAAUCAUUUUCGCAGAAUUUCUGGCCGGCCAUACGGUGCAGAUUCUUGGUUGCUGCAGAUGAAGAAUUUUGACGAAUACUAAUUGGGGAAUUCUCCACGAUGCACGAACUUUUCAACAAAGUGCUCGCCAAACGCGAUCUCUCAAGAGCCGGAGAUCUCUUUUCCGUGCCGGAUGCAGAUAUAGUCGACGACAUCACGGAGGUGCUUUCCGAGAUCAGUCCGAUCAUCUCGCACGCGGACUAUGUGAAGAACAACAAUGACCAGAGUGUGGUGGAGAUCUGUGUGACACGGGUGCUAUCCUGCAUCCGGGAAACGAAAACUGCGGAGCGAUACUGUGCUGCUCUGGUGGAUCUUCUGAGGACCUGUCUGCUAUGGAACCUCCAACCCUCGGGAACAACAAAGGAAGAGCCACCCCAUGCCAAGAUUGCUGCCGAUAUCAUCUCUAGCAUUUUCCUGAACUAUGACAAAAAAGAACUGAUGAAAAUAGCCCUUCCCGUCGCCGUGCAGUUCCUUCCGAAGGGAAACCGUGAGCUAUCGCGAAACUUGGCCAGUUACCUCUCACUGGCGGCCAUCGAUCACGCCGGCUUGCUGAGCCCUCAUACGGAGUCCGUGAUGGAGUCCAUUCUGUCCGGAAACUAUGGUCUACUCCGAGUGCUUUCACAGGUGUACGAGGUGGCUCCGGAGGCGGUGACGCCACAUGCACCACUUCUCAUGCCCCUGCUGCCACAGUGUGAUCCGCAGGAGAGAAUGGCGGUGUUCCAGCUGUAUCUGCUGAUCGUUCAGAAGUCACCAGAGGUUCUGGAAUCUUGCGUUCCGCAACUUUGUGGCUCCCUGCUCGAUAGCGACACUUCUAGCAUAACCAUGCAGAUUCUGCUGAAGCUUUCCCAGCACUCGCCCAGCCUUCUUGUCGACCAUUUCGAGCAAUUGCGCCUGGCAGCUAAAACCAAUCCUGGAACGAUUCCGCUUUGUGCCCAGAUUAUGACUACCGCGGGAAUCGGGAGCAAGGAGACGGCCCAGCAGGCUUUGGACUUUGUGCUGGAGCACCUGCCCACGCAGGCACUCCUGCAACAGGAGGCCACUCGCCUCUGUUCCGCCUAUCCGGUUUUGUUCACCGACAAAGUACUGGCCUGCGUGCGGCAGAAGAACGCAGCUCUCAGCUCGCAACAGGAUGUGGGGAAUGGCUUGGCGAACAAGACCUCUGGUGGUGUCACCAUUGUCAGCUUGAAUAGCUCCAGUCCCAGUCCGCCGCUUAAGCCAGUUGGCGCACCAGCUAUUAACACCACAAUCGUCCAGCCGGCCAGCGUAGUCAGUGCCACGCCCACACCACCUCCAUCCUCCGCCUCGGCGCCCAUUGCCAGCUCCACGCCCGUAUCGGCUGCCACGCCCACUCCCCAGCAUGCGGGAUACACGCGGCGGGUGAAGCUAGGCGAUUCCCGGAGCACAGGUCGCCUGCAUCCCGCCAGCAAUACGCACCGGAGUGUGACCCGGUUGAAUGUGGCCAGCGGAUCCGUGGGAGGACUUCACAAGAGCAUGACUCGGCUGAGUAACUCGCAGAUUAACCAGCAACCUGGAGGCAGCUCCAAUGGGAAUGUCGUGGUGCAAUCGGGGGCUACUCCGAAGACCCCAACUGGUCUAAGCAAUCCGCCUGUGACACCAGUGCCGCCCUUGAGCAACAACGUGGUCAUAACUGGACACAAUCGACAUGGUAUACCUGUUACCUCUGGAGGAGUGACUGUGACCACGUCGCCCUCGAAGGUGCGACCACACUCCCAAGGACCAUCAACGCUGCUCAACUCGAGCACGGUGCUGAUGAAGUACAGCACGGAUGCACUGAAUCAAUCGGUGGGCUCGAUCUCCAUACCACAGUCGGCAGCGGUGGCCACUUUGCCAUCGACGCAGACACAGAAUGCGGUAUCCGUCCAUCAUGCCUCGCCGGCGCUGCCCCAAUCCGCCAGCAAUGGUCAUGCCAAGUCAGUGAUGAAACUGCCAGUCAACGGAAAUAGCGAGGUAAUCGUUUCGGGACCCACCACCAAUGUGGCACCUCGGCGCAGCGAUAAUACCAGCAGGACCCUACUGAAUGCCAACAGUGUCAUGGACCAGCGGAUGAGCACCUUUGAGCCAUACCAGAUUAUGCGUGAUCCUGUUCAGCAAUUCUGCGAGAAGAACUUCAAUUCGAUCAAGUCCUACAUGGAUGAGGUAUCGCAGCAUCUGCCGCCGCCCACACGUUGCAGCAUUGAGGUUUCCAAUGAAUUUGCAGAGCGUCGUACCAAAAAGGUGGCCAAACUGCAUUUCGCCUGCCAGAUUCGUGGUCCCCAUUGCCUGUACUCCAAAACUUGCUUCACGAUGCGAACUCGGAACCCCAAGACCUGGAUACAUAUGAUGUUCCUGGACUUUCAAGUGCGCCAUUUUGUGAAGGAGAAGUGCGUGCUUAGCACGCGGGAGUCCGGCAUUAGCAAUCUCAAGAAUAUUUGGCAGAUACUCAAGUGCGAGAACCGCAGCUUCACCGAGCUGGUUACCAGUCAGUUUCCUCAGGUUAAGGACCGCGAGAUCCUGGUGAACGAGCUGCGUCACUCGGGCUUUCUGGAUGUGUUCGAGGUCUCCAAGACAGACAAGUCCAACCCAAACUGCAAUGAGUUGGAAUACCAGUGGGGCUGCUUCCUCUGCAAUCAUCCGGACAAGGCGGUGGGCUUUCUCAAUGGCAGCAAUCAGCCCAUGAUCGAGGGCCAGCUGAAGGAGAAGAAGGGCAAGUGGCGACUAUUCAGGCGCUGGCGAACGCGCUACUUCACUUUGUCCGGAGCGCACUUGUCCUGCAAAGGCUCUAGCGGAGGUGAGAGCAUCGAUGUGAAUCAGAUACGUUCGGUAAAGGUAUCUCGUGGUGCCCGUAACAUACCGAAGGCCUUCGAAAUCUUCACCGCCGACCAGACAUUAAUACUCAAGCCCAAGGACGGCAAGAAUGCCGAGGAGUGGGUGCAGUGCCUCAGCAUCGUGGUAGCCCACUCGCAGGCCCGAGAUAAUCCCACGGCCAAGACGAACAGCCUGCCCGCCCGCAGCAUAGGCAGCAGCAAGCCCUCCUUCUAGGAUUCUAGGAUGCGAUGGCAUCCAAAAACCCCAUGUGAGAUUAUUUGUAAAUGUAAAGACAGAGCAACGGCAACACACAAAAGACAAACAGACAAAGGAUCGGCGAGCACAGGACUCUGCCGACUAUAUACACACCAUAUAUAUACAAUAUAUCAUUAUAUAUAUAUUAUAUAUACCUUGGGCCUAUGUCCUUAGACUUAACUAGCAUGUACUUACCAUUUCAAGGGAUUUCAAAAAUUUUGCGAAAUUGUUUUUAUCAUUUAUAGUUGAUUUUUAUACAUAUGUAUUUAGUUUAUGCUUAUUUAUUGUACGUGUAUUAAACAAACAGCUUGCUUUCGC